AUGAGCACAAAAAUUACUCUGGAAAGUAGACAGAGAUUGCCAAGUAAAGUUCAGGAUGUUAUCUGUGAUUCGGCACUAAUUAUUCAGCACGCAACGAGUGCUUCAGGAAGUAGUGAGAUGCUCAAUUCAUGUUCGAAACAGUUUUGCGCUGCUGAGCAAUCCAUUGGAACCACAAGCACAUCGCUAAAUAAGAUGGAUUCGUUAUUGGAUGCGAUGCAGCAACAAUGUUAUGAAGUUGAAAACAGAUAUGGAGCCUUAAUUUACCUUUCACAGAAGUCCCUCGUAGAAUGUCCGAAUAGUUCUAUAUGGAUAAUUAAUUUCAUGAUUGACUCUUGA